GUCGCGCUCAGGGCGGGUGAGGGGAGCGGAGCGGCGUCGCCGUCCCGGCUGUGGCAGCGGCGGGCGAGGCGGGGCAGGGGCUGCAGCAGCGAGAGCAAUGGCGCUGUCCGUGCCUGUCAACGGGCUAAAGGAGGGCGACAAAGAGCCCGUCAUCGAGCUCUUCGUCAAGGCUGGCAGUGAUGGUGAGAGCAUAGGAAACUGCCCCUUCUCCCAGAGGCUCUUCAUGAUCCUGUGGCUGAAGGGAGUCGUGUUCAGUGUCACAACAGUGGACCUGAAGAGGAAACCAGCAGACCUUCAGAAUCUGGCUCCAGGCACUCACCCCCCCUUCAUCACAUACAAUGGGGAAGUGAGAACAGAUGUGAACAAGAUUGAAGAGUUCCUGGAAGAUGUUCUGGCCCCACCCAAGUACCUGAAACUCUCACCAAAGCAUCCAGAAUCCAACACUGCUGGAAUGGAUAUAUUUGCCAAAUUUUCUGCUUUUAUCAAGAACUCCAGACCAGAAGCUAAUGAAGCCUUAGAGCGUGGCCUCUUGAAAACCCUGCAGAAGCUGGAUGAGUACCUGAACUCCCCCCUGCCCGACGAGAUCGAUGAGAACAGCCUGGAGGAUGUCACCCUCUCCACCCGCAAGUUCCUGGAUGGCAACGAGAUGACCUUGGCUGACUGCAACCUGCUGCCCAAACUGCACAUUGUCAAGGUGGUGGCCAAAAAAUACCGCAACUUUGAGAUUCCCAAGGAGAUGACAGGGAUCUGGAGAUACCUGACAAAUGCUUACAGCAGGGAUGAGUUCACCAACACCUGUCCUGGAGACAAGGAGAUUGAAAUAGCUUACAGUGACGUAGCCAAGAGACUCACCAAGUAACCAGCACUUGCAAAGGAUGAGAUCCUGCAUAUCCCAUAACAAUGCUUCUAACAGACUGCUCUUUUCAUAUCAAUAGCCAUUGGUUUUUGCAUGAACUCGCAGUUACUCCAAGUCACGUGGAUAGACCAGGUACAGUAAUUACCUAAAGUUUGCAGACUUAAUGACAGGCUUGUUUUUCCUGACCUCCUCUCACAGCCUUGGAAUCCGGUGGAUGCAGUCGUGUUCCUGUUGCACUGGGGUGACUCUGGAUUCUUCAGUGUGAAGGGUUGGCUCGCCCCUGCUGCUUUUCUCUGUAAACAUUUGGUCCAUGAUUUGUCCAGGAAUUGGUUUAGGAUCCUGUCUCACUGUAUGGUACAAGGAAUAUUUAUGUAUUUUGGAAUUAAUUGCUUUUCCAGAAGAUCUGUACACGCCUGUCAUAGCUGUGACACGUUGAACUGUACCUGCUUGUCUAUCCUAUUUACAUAGAGAAGGGAACUUAGUAUCCAAAAGAGCCAUUUGCAAAAUAUUUGGCAAUGUUUUGUUGGUUUGUUUUGUUGUAUUUUUAUAAAAUCUCUUGGAUUGGAAGUCACGGUAAUGGUUGAGAAUGGACUCAAUGUGAACCUUGGAUUUGAAUGACCUCAGCAUCAGGCAAGUUUGAAUCCAGGCUUGAGAGCUGGGGCAGGAAGCUCAAAGCUCAGAGUUGAUGUUUAUUGUGUCUUCAAGAGCUUGAGGAGAUUUAAACACCUGCAUUGUAUGAAUUUUGAGUUGCAGCAAACAAAUAAUUGUCAGGAUUUUCCAUCAGGAAACAGCAGAGUUGGAAGCUGCCCUCUGUUCACCUUAAGAAUUGCAAGUGGCUUUCUUUUUGGUAGUUAAGAGCCUUUUUGUUUUGUAUAGGUAUUUUUGGUGAUUUUUACUUAAAAAUCUGUUCUGUCAUAGCCCAAAUCCAUGGAAGCUGUAGUGUCCUAACUCUGGGUGGGGAAUAGCAGUGCAAUGAUUAGUGAUGCAAAAUGGACUGAGAGCCAUGAAAUGGGAACUUUUUCACGUCCUUUCUUCCCUGAAGAAAGCUAAAGUGACCUUUAAAAAGAACAUUUGCCUUAAAUGAUAGUAGGGUGUUUCUUUUCCUGAAUGGAAAUCUGGGAAUUUUGUAAAGAAAUGGUGGUGGAAUCCAGUCCUUUCCAUUGAACUUAUCCCAGUUGUUUCUGUGCACCUGGACUGCAGUUUUGCAUACUCAUAAUCAUUGCACUACUAUACUUAAAUCUUUUUACAGCAACAUUGAGGAAUAGCACUACAAUUUUUUUAAAAGCAAUUUUCAAAUGUUUCUAAACCAGGGAAUAGUUUUCUUGUUUAAAAUUAAUGGUUUUGAUGCACGAAAUAAACUGCUAGGUUAUUUUUAAAAGACCAUCAUAAACAACUCCAAAGAAUGCUAGACUUAUAUGCCUAUUUUUUUGUAAAGAUACUUUUAUAUUUAACUGAUUUUAGAAGCUGGAAAGUGCUAUUCCUGCUAGGUUGUUCUUGGAAUAUUUAACGUUCUGCAAUAACGUGGAAAUGCUCACACAAACACUUUUAUACACUAAUUUUUUUCUUUUUUUUUUUUUUUUGGUAAAGCACUGGCUUUCUGAAAACCAGCCUGAUUUUUCUAAGCAUCCUGCUUUUGCUACUUUAUGUACCCAUGGAGUUAAUUGGACAUAGAAGAGGUAGAGAACCAGAUCCAUAUUUGUAACCCUGGCUUGUGGUGCCUUGCCUUGCCUUCCUAGAGCUAGAAUUCCAAUAUAAAGGCACUUAGCAGUCCUGUCACAUCUCUUUCAAAGGCAACUCUCUUAGACACACUGAACCCCUGUUCAAACUCUCUUAGAUACACUGAACCCCUGUUCAAACUCUCUUAGACACACUGAACCCCUGUUCAAACUCUCUUAGACACACUGAACCCCUGUUCAAACUCUCUUAGAUACACUGAACCCCUGUUCAAACUCUCUUAGAUACACUGAACCCCUGUUCAAACUCUCUUAGAUACACUUUUGACCCCUGUUCUGCUUUGUUUCAGAAAUGUUUAGGCACAGAGGGGAAUCCUGGGGGUGACCUGGUGAGGAGAACCUUGGCUGUAGCCCUGGAUCAAUUACUCUAAUGUCACGUUCUCCUCCUGAAUAAAGUUCCUCAGCCAUAAGAAUCCUCUGUAGGGCUUCAGUCUCUGCUCCAACGUGACAUCUAGAAAGAGGAAUGACUUUUUUCUUUAGAUAACAGCAUUUUUAGUGACACAUAGGGUGAAAAACCCCAAAGCCAACCCUCCUUGGUUUGGUGCCCUUGGCCAGCACAGAGUUCACAGGGCUGUAGGAAGCACGUGAUUGUGGGCACAUCUUUGUGAAUUUUUAGCUCUCCUUUCAAAAACAGGUCAGGAUGGCCCUUGAAAGUUGUGUUGAUGGGGUUGUGGGGUCAGGAAUUAUCCCUGGAGUGCAGAGAGCAGGGCACCCACAGCCAGGAGCUCCCACCUCCUUCAACACCAGCUCAGGCUUCUUCUGCCAUCAUCCAUCCCCUCUGCUGUUCAGAGCCCUUCCAACCAUUGCCCUCCUCCCUCAGUGGUUUGAGUGUGUCUGAGAGCUUGCAGACAGAGCUCCAGCUGGCUGUGACCAGGGGCUCCUCAUCUCACACAGAGCAGCCUUUCCCUCCGAGCUGGAGUUCCAACGAGCUCCAGCUUGGUGUGGUAACUGUCCUGGGUGGCUCUCAGGCUUCCUGCUGCAGUUUUGUUGUGGCAGGAGCUGCCCAGCCCCUCCUGGCUCGGGGAGGGAGCAGGAAUCUGCUGGAGAGGAGCAGCUCCAGCUCCCUAGGUGAUCCCUGCAGAGCAGGGGAACGGCAGCGUCUGCUGUGGGCAGAGCACUUUCAUCUGGCCCCAAUCACCAGCUCCACACUAAUUAAAAAAGCCCUUUCAUAACUAUGUAAAUCCUUGACUUCUGUCAACUUGUUUACAAUCUGAUCUUUAAAUGCAUUUUUAAUUUCAUCAAACAGCAAUUAAUCUACCCCCUGUUUAAAUUUAAAAUGCUGCUUCUAGCCCCUUCUCCAAUUUAAAAACAGCAGUUACCCUUUCAAGUAGGCAUUCCAGUUUGCAAGUUGGUUGCAUGUAUUAGCAUGCUGAAUAACUUGCUUUAUUCUCAAGCUGAAAUAUGCUUAAAUUCGCAUUAAAACAGGUGACUUGUGUAUUUCCUGAACACAAGGGGAAAAUCCAUCACCUGCACCCUGUUUUUGUGUGGGAGAACAGAUUAUCCUAGGUGCAGUUUUAUUUUAUUUUUUUCCCCUUAACAAAGCUUUCCUUCUUGAGGAGAUCCCUGCUGUGGAAAGGCUGCCUGUGGAACAAGAGGUGUGUGGGACUUGUGGAACAAUUCCAGCCUGUCCAUCCCUUCCCUGCAUGUCCCACAGGGCAGCCCCAGCUUGCAGCUUUGCAUUUUCCCAUAAAAUCGGUGUUUUCUCCACACUGGGCAUGUCCAAACUGAUCCAGAGCUGUGUGCAGCUCUGUGAUAAGGAGAGAGAUGUAAUCAAAUUUUUAUGCUAAAGCAGCAAAUUAGCAUUUGGUAUCAAAGGAGCACAGACAGGAGUAAAUGGGAGCUGCUGGAGCCAAACCCACUGAUGCCUAUCGGGGUGCAGAACAAAAAGUGGUGAAGUGCAGCCAACUCUGCUGCUCUCCCUUUGCCACUCAGAACCAGCUGAAGCCAUCCAGUGAAUAUUUUUCAGGAGAAGGCUGGAACCCAAGUGAGAAAUGCUCCAUCUGCCUCAGAAGCUGUGCCACCAACUCCUGAGUUUGGUUUCUGGAGGGGGUUGGGAGCAGGAUGAGGGGAUGGAGACUCCCAAGACAGGACAUCAAGGGUUGGAGCGUGGUUUGCAGAAAUACUUGAAGAGUUGAUACAAUUUGUUGUAGUUUGCUUAUGUCUUUCACUUUCUGGAACAUCUUUUACAGAUAUACCAGUAUACUGCUGGCAGCUAUUGUUAAAUAAAAUUAUAUUUUCACUACCAA